AUGUCUGACUCCUACGUCUGCCACGAUCAUAUCGUGCUUCUACUCAGCAAUGACGAGCUAGACAAUCUUCCCUCCUUCAUCAGCUCCAAUUUUAAAACCAUCGAAGGAGGGACACACGCCGGCGGAUCAUCGAGAAAUCGCCUGAUCAUUUUCAGCGAUGGCACCUACAUUGAGCUCUUCACGUGGAUCAACAAGGAUCGACCGAUGCACAAUUCAUGGCUCGACAAACCGUCCGGCCUGAUUGACUUCGCCUUAACGACGCUGAGGCCUUUCAACUCAUCAGAGAACCAUCGUCACCUGGACAUGAGACUGCGCGAGGAGGCCGGUGAUAGUAAGCUGGGUGUUAAAUACACCAAGCCUCAGGCAGGAGGUCGUAAGCGUAAGGAUGGGCUCGAUGUGAAGUGGGAAAUCACCAGGCCUGAGUAUAGCAAUGCUGCUGAGACUCCUGGUGACGCAGCCUAUCCAACUACACGCAUCGAUGCACCUUUCUUUUGUCACGACGUGACAGCUCGUAUUGUUAGGGUACCUUUCGACGACGACACACUCACAAAGCAUCCCUGCAAAGCUACAGGGAUUGCUGCAGUCGAUGUUCUGGUGCCGCCAGAGAAGUUGUCCGCAUAUGCGGCGCUGUACAGCAGCAUAACUGGUGCAAGUCCUGAUCAGAUCACAGACGGAGGUAAUAAGGGAGUGACGUUCAAAUUGACUACUCCAACCAGCCAGGGUGCGGGUCCGCUCAUUCGUGUGCGGGUACCAUCAUCAGAUCACGACCAUGACUGGCUUCGAACGCGCGGGAUAGGCAUUAGAUCGAUCGACAUCUCGGUUGACGGGCGCAAAGGCCAUGGCCGUAAGACACUGGCCGCUGAUGGUAUCGGCUCCACGAUUGCGAUAGUAUGGUGA